AUGCAGAGGCCAAGUUACUCAGAAACGAUGCCCAAAAAGGUGGUGGGUCUCGCACGAGCGAGGAGCCCAGUGGACCCGGACGAUGCCAACAACGGCAGCACCGCCGCGGAGAGCCAAACCCCACACGAUCAACCCGCGGAGUUGCCGUGUGCGUCAGGCUUGAAUCCCCUUAAGAACACCAGUACCGCCUCCGCCGUGUUGUCUUCAGGCGCGACGCAGGUGGUGCAUUCCCUGGAGGAGGGCAACGCGCUGAUGAAGCGGCUACGACAACUGGAGAGUGAAAAUGCUUCCCUUGCCAACGCUCUUACGAAGGUGUGUGACGAUAACGCGAGGCUGGCAAGGCACGUCAGUCAGCAAGAGGAGAAAUGCACAGAGUUAUCCACCAGUCCUUUUGCGGGGACAUCCGUGUUGCACUCCCUCUUUGAGCCAGAGAAGACGGGCUGGUUUGGUGGCUCGAAGGCUGCGGCACGCGAGGGUUUGGAGCAGCUGAUGCAGGAACUGCAAAACGAGUUUGUUGAGUACCAGGCGAGUCACGCCUCCUCCAAUGAUGAGGUACAGGCGCUCAUUGGCGAACUGCAGAAUGCACACAUGAAUGCGCAGAGACUCUCGGCCAUUGUGCAUGAGCAGCAGGAUGUGAUCAGCCGCGGGCCGUUGAGCGUCGCCGUUCGCAUUCUCCCUAGUCAGACGGAGGCGGAGCGGGUUUUGCUGAACGACUUACGGCUUGAGUUGGAGCGUCGCUCGGAGCGUGAGCAGGAGCUUCGGCAGGAGCUCCGCAGCACACGAGAGGAGUUGCAGAUAAAAACAGUAGAAAACACCCGACUGCAGCGGGACCUGCAGUCUUUACGCCAGGAGGGCAGCCACACCAAUGAGGUGGAACUGCAGUACAUGAAUGAUGAAAUCGCGCGGCUGAAGACGGAAGUGGCGCAGCUGCAGAAGGCCCUGACAACGGAAGAGCAACUGCAUAAGCUUAAGGUGAACGAGAACAAUAUGCUGUUGCAACGACUGAAUGAAGCAGAGAACCGGCCACGUGCACCCGCCACUGAGGAGCGGACACCGCCGCAGGAGCUACCGUGCGAUAGAUGCAGCAAGCUGCAGCAGGAAUGCGACGUCUUGAAUGGUCGCCUGCAGACGGUCACGCGGGAGGUGCAGCAACUGGAGGUGCGGUUGUCGGAGCUGAGGCAGGCGAACGAGCUGGAGGUGGACGAGCUGCAACGAGAGAAGGCGGGACUUGAACAGAAAUUAUACCACAGCGUCGCGCGUGACACGCUGACGGCGGCGGAGGCGCGGAACAAACAACUUUCGCAGGAGCUCGAGUUCACUGCCUCGCGGGCGAAGCAACUGGAGGAGCUCCUCGAGCAGGAAAGAGAGCAACGCGCAAGCGCCGCGUCCAGAAGCGGCGACAGGGGUGAAUCCACGCUGGACGACUUAGAGAUCCUUAGCACGCUAGAGCGCAAUAAGGCGCGCGUUGAACGCGUGGAGUUUCAGCGCAAUCAACUCAUUGAAGAGGUGAAGCAGCUCCGCGCGGUUGCUGCGGCGAAGGAGGAGGAACUCAUCCGGCUCACACGUGCCUCUCAGGAGGACAAGCAACGCAUUAACUUUCUCUUGAAGCGCUGUGUGACGCUAACGAGUGACCUCAACAGCAGCGUUACCGCGAAAGACGCACUCGUCGAGGAGAAGGAGGCCGCACAGCUGGAGCUUAAAAAGUUGCGGCGCGAGAGCGAGGAGACGGUGAAGCUGCACCAAAAUUUGGCGGAGCUGAGGCAAAAGAAUGAUGCCCUGCAGGAUCGUCUUUCAAACGUGGAGGUACUGGAGAAUGAGCUCGUCAAGGCGAAGGAGACCAUUGCGUACAUGGAGCUGGCGCAGAGUCGCACGAUAAACGUGAGCCAAUACGCCGAGCUGCAGUCACAGAACUCAAAGCUGUCAAACACGUUGGAGCCGAUUAAGAAGCAAUUGGAGGAGGCACGAAGGGAGUUGGGGCGCAUCAAGGAAGAAAACGAGAGCCUCCACGCGGUGCUGACACGGCAGCAGAACACGAUCAAAUCACACGAGGAGCAGGCAGCGGCACUGCAGGCGAACGAUGCCAAAAUGCGUGAAAAGGUAAAUCAACUCAGCGGUGAAAAUGCACGCCUACGGGACGUGAAUGAGACGCUGGAGGCGCAGAUGACGAACAUGCAGGAUGGCAUCAAGGAGAUGGCAGUGAAGUUGGAGCAGGAGCGUACGCGCGCCCAGGUGGCGGCGGAGGCCACAUACAAGGAGGAGAAUGCUCAGCUGCAGCGCAAACUCGACGCGGCAAACGCAACGCUGGCGACGGUGCGUGCUACACAAGACAACUUUGUUCCGGAAGCCAUUCAUAAGACGACCUUGGCGGAGAAGGGGCGGGUCAGCGAGGAGUUGAGGCAGAAGACCUUUGACCUUGACAAGCUAAAGUCUGAGAUUCUCAUUUACCGUCAAACCAUCGAUGACCUGGAGACGGAGAAUGAGGAGCACGUGCGGCAGAUUGAGUCUUUGCAGGCGACACACCAAAAGGAGCGUGGCGCCACCGCCGAGCGACUGGCGGCGGAAGCGAAGAAAAUUGCCGGGCUUAAUGAGGAACUGGAGGAACUUCGAAGUCGGGUGGGUAAUUUGCAGCAGAGCGAGGAACGAUUGCUGUUGCAUCAAAAGGAAAUGGAGACGGCGGCGCAGAAACACCGUCGGGCCUUUGAGGACAAGUGCCGGCAGGAGGAAAAACUUCUGGAAACAGUUGCCGCGAUAAACCAAGAGAUGGAAGUACAGCGGGAGGAGCUGAACAGGGCAAGGAGUGCGGUUGUGGAUUAUAAAGAGAAGCAUGAGAAGCUGGAGGCCGAGGUGUCGGCUGGGGCGGCACACAAACUGCGCCAACAGCAGGAUAUGGAGGUGGAGCUUGAGAGGCUUUGUGAAGAGAUUCGACGUCUGCAUGCGGAGAAGAGAGCUAUAGAGUUAGAUUUUUGGAGGCUGCGAGAGGCCACAAAGAGUGAUGGCCCUAGUACGAAUAUAAAGGCUAAUUGCCAUGACAAUGGUGAGGAUGUGAGUAGCAAUAGUCAUGCUGCUGCCGCUGCUGUGACUAAAGAGAGCUGCGCCAGUGACCGCAGUGGUUUUUGUAGCAUAGAUGCGGCAACGCCAUCCGCAGACGCAGCCGCUCAAUACGCUCGGGCGGAGCAGCUGCAGAUGUCGCUCAUACAGGCUCAGCGUCAGCUGGAGGAGCAGAAGCGGUACAACACAGAGGCGGCGGAGACGUUUGUCAAGGCGCUUGACAAGGCAGACACCGAGGCUGCAGCGCUACUUGAGCGAGUGCAGCAAUUGGAGAGUGAGCUCCAUCGCAAGGCGCAGGACAGCGACGAUCCGCUUAGUUUAGCCUCUGGACAGUCAAGGAAGAGGAGGAAGAAGGUGGCCAAGAAAUGCCUUUCAACCAUGGCCCACGUCGAAGAACUACAGGGGACAGACGUAUUGGUGCUGGCUGCCGCUGAUGGGGCGGUGAAGCAGCAGCAACAAGCACAGCUCCAGCAACGACGAGAUACAAUAGAGAAACUUGAGCAGGAGGUCUUAGUGCUGCGGGCUGAGAAUGCACGACACAAGGAGAAUGUCGCUACUCUCACGCAGGAAUUAGUAGACGCCCGUGAUGAUCUGGAACUUGCAACCAAAGACGUUGACUCUCGGACUACAGAGCUGUAUGAGCAGAUUCAAUUCCUGGAAUCGCAGUUACGGAGUCACUCAGCUGAUGCCCAGAAAGACACGGAUUCACAUCGACUCGUGACGGGGAGCAGCAGACUGCACUCGGAACUGGGUGAAACUACGAAUGCAGUGAAUACAGUAACGGGUAACCCCGACGCGAAGGUGCAGCGACUGCAGUUGGAGCUGCAGAACCUUGCAAGGGAGCUCGUACAGACGAAGAAUAAACUUGUUGAAUACAUGGCAAUGGCGGAUAGACUUGGCAUUCACUACCCCUUUUCACCAGAUAUGGAAGGAGCUGCGGUGCUUCGGCUUAAGGCGAUGCAGUUUGACUCUGUAACUGGCCGCACGCGUGCAAGCUCGGCUCCGAGGCGACCAUACGCCCCGUCUGUUAGCAAUAAAGCAGCAUCGCAGGGUGUCAGGAAGAAGAAAAGGGCCAAACAUCAGCCAAAGCUGGAGAGUCAAUUUGAUAAACCUUCAGAUUUGCUAUAA